CCGUGAUCUUCUGAGUUUCAUUUCCCUAGACUUUCGUUGACGGCUCUUUCCGUUCUUGUAUCAAUAAUGUACCAGUAUUUGUUGUCUGUACAUCACUGGACGCCCUGAACAUCUGGAAGAGAGAGAAAAGAAUUUUAGGUCAUGGGUACUUUUGGACUCGCUUCCUGAAAUAGGGUGACCGUAAAAGCCUCUGUUAUUUUCCUAUUUAUUCUCUCAUUUCAGCACAAUGUCGACGUCGGCAUAUCAGACAAAUGCUAGGCCUCGAGGCAGGCCUGGGAGCUUCAGCGAUACUUCAGAGAAGCAGACUCGAAGCCGGGCCUCAAGUUCGGCGUCUGCAAAACUAUCCAAGACCCUGUCGAGGACGCUUGAUGAGGUCUCUAUCCCAAGAAACAGCCGCUCAAACUCGCCGGCUAUAUAUUUCCACCGCCAAAGGACGCUCGACUCAAAGUGGUCGGAUCCCCUGGUGGCUUCAUCUAGACAUUCAACCGUCUCCUUGAGAUCCGACAAGAGUAUCUCGUCGAGGAUGGAGGAUGACGCGGUUCGUACCCCGAUUUCGCCGACUAAGGCGAAACCACAUAUUAUUCAAGAAACCCACGACGGAUCGGAUACAUCUAUAGCACAUGCACGUCCUCUAUCACCUACGAAACCCCCGAUGACCGCUGUCCCAGAGGCAGGAGAGCUUGUUGGAUCUUUCACAAGGAAUACGGAGUUUCUGCAAACUUUACAAGGUCUUGGUCCAAAAAGCCAGUCGACGAGAUCUCUUGCGUCGAUGCAGCCAACAGUUUCCGAAGAGCCUCAGGAUAUCAUUCCUCCCCCGAAUACAUCAUCGUCCCCCAAUAUGUCCAUGUCAUCUCCCUACCCUAUUGACGUUGUAGAGCCAUCGACAAAGGGGUCGAAGUCGUCACUGCGCGAGGACACAGCCCUCGCAUCCCCAAGAACGUCAAAAUCGUCUUUACACGAAACCACAACUGCGCCGAUGGGCAUAACGCCAGUAUCAUAUCCUCAUGACCCACUGGUCGCCCCGACUCCGCAGGGCCCGGUAGUUUUCAUACAACCUGCGUUUGGCCACCAUCUCGCGGAGUCGGCAGAGGGAGAUAUGCCUUUCGUGCCGAGCCCUACGUUGACAGCUGAGGGAACCUAUCCUCAUGCGUACCCGGCCCACGGUCGCUCGCCCUUAGCAUCACCCCCACUGUCACCCUUUCUCCAGCAUCCUGCCGGUAGUCCGCCACCACAGGGUGUUCCAUUCCCACCACCCUUUCCAUACCCCUAUCCUCAUCCGCUGAUAGCUAACCCUAAUUUGCAACUCGCAUUCUAUCCGCCACCUUUCACUUCCCCUCCUGUGCCGUUCCUACAUCCUGAUACUAUGUCUCGAUCUGGAUCUGCAGGACCUGAUGACGAGCGGACAAAACUGCUUGAGAAAGUCUCCAGCGUUCUGCCUGACAUCAACCGCUUGCUGCACUACUAUCAAGAAAGUCAAGGGCUUCUAUCCGAAAAAGAUCUUCUCGUAAAACAAGCAGAAUCACAGCACAAUGAAGAAAUUGCGAAGCUGAGAAUUGAACUGAGCGCUUCCAAGGAAGAAUACGAACGCAUCAUAGGGGAGCAGGCGCGCGAAAAUCUGAAACUGAAGAGUGAGAUCACGGAACAGGCUGAGAGGAUCUUGCUCCUUGAGGCUUCAUCUCAGGAGUUGGCUAGAGCAAAUGAGGAAAAUACGAAUCUCACAAGGAAAUGCGAGUCCUUGGAGAAUGAGGUCGAGAACAGUCGGGCUUUGAAUGAGCACCUGACUGCAGAAAAGGUUGACCUGGAGGACCGGCUGGAAGCGCUCAAAGAGCAGCUUGAUGACGAACGAACUCAGUAUGAACGCUCACAGGCAGACUUGACGCAAGCACACGAAAGGCAAACGGCAGAAAGAGAGGAUGUUCAUGCCAAGUUACUGAAUGAACACAAAGCCGGCCUUUCAAAACUUCAGCUUGAUUUGGCAGGGAUGAUAACCAAGCAUUCACAGCAACGGAGAGAUCUGGAGUCUGCGCGCGCAAUCAUCUCCGAGCACGAACAUUCUUUGGCUGUCAAAUCCAAAGAGCUAGCUGACUCUUCGCAGUUUCACAGAAAUGAAAUGGAAGUGAGGAGUAAAGCGGCGCAGGAGAUGGCAGAGCAGCAUAAGCAAGAGAUUGCGGCCUUGUCACAGAAGCUGGCUCAGGCUAUGGGAAAACACAAAGACGAAAUCACCGCAAUGCGGGAAGGACAUCAAAAGGAGAUUGGACAGUUGCGAAAAGCAGCCGAAGGACGAUUAUCAGAGACGAUCACCAAGCAUAAGCAACGCGAGGCGCAACUUCAGGGUGAGGUGAAUACCUUCCGAUCUACAGUCGAUGAGCUUAAGGAAGACCUCGAACAGGAGCGCAACGCCAAUGACAGCUUGAGGACUGAACUGGCGACGGCGCAGCAAGCCCAGCAGGUGCUCCAAACCACACAUGAAAUGACCAGUCAGCACCAUGCAGAGUUGGCGGAAUCCAUGAUCAGUUUGAGAGACAAGCAGGCUCAAUGGCAACGAGAAAGUGAGCGGAUGGAGCGCAUUCUGCGAAGCCUUGGCCACAUAGGUGCUGGGAGAGGAAAGAGUGACGAAUUCUUGUCUACUUCGGGCGCACGCCGCUGACACGUAAAUGUAGUGUGAGUGCUUUCGAGUCGCUAGCGUUGUCGGUGGAAAAAGUCUCGGAGCAAUUCUUUCAGGACCAGCCGUACUUGAAUGAUGCUCUGGCGCGAGUGGUUCAAUUGAGCAACCUUCCUGAUAUUGCAGGCAUGACGACGCCAGCUCGGGGCCUCCGUUCCCUUCUCAUUCAGAAUCAGAUAUUCACCGUGCUACAUCAGAGGAUAUUUCAGCCAUUCUUGUUCACAGCAUCGUAUGAUGAGUACGACGGCUCCGCCAUGCAGAUGUGCUUGUCAACGGUAUCGGAAAUGAUCAGUGCGAAGAGCGUGCAUCGCGAAGCAAUAUGGAGAGCAAUCUCAAUGCGGGCCCUCUAUUCCGGUUCCUAUGGUCGCAAGGCGGCGAGUACAGUUGCCACCUCUGUCAGCAAGGAGAUCGUCGACAAGAUACAAUCUAUGACACUGGCCGAGCGCGUGCCAGUGUUAAUAAAAGCCAUCCGGUCCAUUGCCAAAGCAGCAGUUCAGCUCUGGCGACAAGUGCGGGUCGAAUGGACGGCUAUCCGAUCCAGCAUGCCUCCAAGACUGCUCCAGAUGGUGGGAACAUCGAGUCCAAGUGAUGUCACUCUUUGGAUCCGACCGCAUAUCUUCAGGGAAGGAGUCAGGACUGUCGACGACGACAACUGGCGGGACUCUGGGGUACGGACGAGUCCACCGAUGGCAGGUUGCAUCUACCUUCAGGGGACUGCACUGUGUCAUGACUCGCCCCUGGUCAUUGCAAGGCGUCAGGAGCUGAUGGCAGGCAAUGAAGGACACGGGUGAAGCAGGAGUCAUUGUACAAUUGAGGCCUUGUACAAAACUAGCCGCUACAUGUGUUACUCGGUGGUGAAUAUGGCCCGAAGCGGAUUGUGGUUCUUUUGCGGUCACCCCUGCGUGAGGCCCACCGAAUGCGCGAUGCUUGAAGGACGCAUGAGUAGCAGCUUGGAGAGGGGUUGUCAGCGAUUGGACAAGUUGCAGGGGAAAAGGGAGGAGUGUCUGCCCAUGAUUCUGCCCCGGGCUAGUGAGAUCGACUCUAAUGAUCCCGGUAGCGAAGACCAAAGGGCAGUGCUGGCUGCUCACUGGUUUGUGGGCUCGUAAGGCUGAUUCCGGGCUGUGCUGGGCUGCGGGCUGCGGGCUGCGGGCUGUUGGCUGCUGGGUCCUUGGGGCUCCAUGGUGCCUGAAGCUUUGCAGGUGGCCCAGGUAGCGAGAGAGUGUGGCCUGGUGGAUGGUUCCUUGCAUCAUAGGUACCUACUUGUAUACUCGAU